AAGAGUGAAUUUAACACUGAGAAUUAUAACUCACGCCCUCGUAUGGAUAGAUGAAAAAAAUACCCCAUGUAAGUUUAAGGGAAUUACAUAGGUCUAGAUCAAAUGACUGGUAUUGAGAAUGGUUGCCGCACAGACCUUAAAACGUGCGCUUGUCGCCACCGAUAUCCGUUCCCAUGCAUCACGCGGUCGCAGUCCAUCCCGCGGACUGGUUCUGCCUACCGAUUUGUGUGACCUGGCAAGAAUUCGACAGCCGUUGCCAUUAACUAAGAAGGCCAAGCGCGAGUAUUUGGCGAUGAUUUACAAGAAAAAGCGAUGCCUUGUCAAAGCACGCAAACCAUAUCAAGUGCUCAUGCGAACUCGAACCGCCUUAGGUGUCCCAUUCCUGAGGGUUCGAGGGUUUCGUCAACCUUUGCAGGUGUCCAUGAUGCUCAAGGAUCGAGUCAAAACUAACCAGAAACAAGUAUAUCGUUGUCAAGAACUGGUAGAACAGAUAGCCAUGAUGGAACAGGAAGAUAAGUUUCUGAAACAGCUCAAAGUCCCGAGCGAUGCAGAGGAAUUCGCCUCACCAUUGCGGCAAAUAUUACAGGAUUAUGCGAGUAAAUACGCGUUGCGAAAUGAGCAACUCGAUUUCAUCAAUCAACAAAGGACUAAAAACCGGGUGAUUAAAUAGAUAGUGUACAAUAUGUGGUCUAUUGACUUGAUAAUGAAAUGCGAAAAUAAAAGAAGAAAAAAAAUGAGGUUGCGAAUACGACAAAAAACUGGAGAAGAAAAGAAUACAAUAGACUAUGGGUUCAGCCUUAAAUAAACGUAGACGGAGGGUAACUGAGAAGGGAGGAUUCUCUGAUAUUGGCCUCCCUAUGGUUCGGGAUGACAUUGAGCAAUUUUACUGGGCUUUCU